AUGUCCGAACAAAAAAUUGCAAUUCUUUCGGUUUAUAAUAAAACUGGUCUUUUAGAAUUUGCUAAAGCACUCAAUGAAUUGAAUGUUCGUCUUUUGGGAUCUGGAGGUACUGCAAAGAAAAUAAGAGAGGCUGGUAUUCCUAUUUCGGAUGUCUCGGAGAUAACCAAAGCUCCUGAAAUAUUAGGAGGUCGCGUCAAAACAUUACAUCCAGCUGUACAUGGCGGCAUUCUUGCUAGAAAUAUUCAAAGUGAUGAGGCCGAUCUUAUCCAACAAAAUAUAAAAAAGAUUGACUAUGUGGUUUGCAAUCUUUAUCCUUUCAAAGAAACAAUUGAAAAAGAAAAUAUCACUAUUGCUGAGGCUGUUGAAGAAAUUGACAUUGCUGCUGCAAAAAAUCAUGAUCGUGUUACAGUACUUUCGGAUCCAAAUGAUUACACAAAUUUCUUGACUGAAUUGAAAAAAGAUGGCCACGUAUCAGAAAAUACUCGUAGAUUAUUGGCAUUAAAAGCAUUUAAUCAUACUGCUGAUUAUGAUGAUGCAAUUUCUAAUUAUUUUAGGCAACAAUAUGCACCUAAUAUUUCUCAAUUGACAUUGCGUUAUGGAGCAAAUCCACAUCAAAAACCUGCUCAAGUCUUUGUGAAAGAUGGUGUAUUACCAAUAAAAGUCCUUUCUGGUUCACCUGGUUAUAUUAAUUUGCUUGAUGCUUUAAAUGGCUGGCCUUUAGUCAAAGAACUCAAAAAUGCACUUAAUAUACCAGCAGCCGCCUCUUUUAAACAUGUUUCACCUGCUGGUGCUGCUGUAGGGUUAUCAUUAUCUGAUAUCGAGAAAAAAGUAUAUUUUGUAGAUGACGUCAAAGAUCUUUCACCUUUGGCAAAUGCCUAUGCACGUGCUAGAGGUGCUGACAGAAUGUCUUCUUUUGGAGACUGGAUUGCUCUAAGUGAUAUAGUCGAUAUUCCCACAGCAAAAAUUAUUUCACGAGAGGUAUCUGAUGGAAUUAUUGCUCCAGGUUAUGAACCCGAAGCUUUGGAAAUUUUACGUAAAAAGAAAAAUGGCAAAUACACAGUUAUUCAGGUUGACCCUGAUUAUGAACCACCUGAAACAGAAACUCGACAAGUUUAUGGAUUAUUUUUGCAACAAAAGCGUAACAAUGUUCAAAUAGAUCAAAAAUUAUUUGAAAAUAUUGUCUCAAAAAAUAAAAAUUUAUCAGAAUCUGCAAUCACUGAUUUGAUAGUGGCAACAAUCUCUUUAAAAUAUACCCAGUCCAAUUCAGUUUGUUAUGCUAAAAAUGGUAUGGUUAUUGGACUCGGCGCUGGUCAACAAUCUCGUAUUCAUUGUACAAGAUUAGCUGGUGACAAAGCUGAUAAUUGGUGGCUACGUCAUCAUCCAAAAGUUUUGGCAUUUAAUUUUAAAAAAGAAGUGAAACGAGCCGAUAAAAGUAAUGCGAUUGAUUUAUAUAUCAUCGAUAAAAUCGGAGAAGGAUCGGAACGUGAAUCAUGGGAAUCUUUAUUUACAUCAAUACCUACACCGUUAUCACCUGAAGAACGUAAAUCACAUCUUGCCACUCUAUCAGAUGUUGCCUUAUCUUCUGACGCAUUCUUUCCUUUUUCAGAUAAUGUACACAGAGCUUCACAAUCUGGUGUUAAGUUUAUUGCUGCUCCAAUUUAA